UCAAGAGUUCUGAUGUGAACUUCAUAAGACAUCACUUAAAACUAAGAUUUUACAGUAUAUUUAAAAGAUAGAAAUACAGGAGACACAGAUUUUCAGCUAGUAAGAACAUCAUGGAUUGGAAGUAACACAGAGGUCAUCUUGAACAAUACCACUGUGGUUAAUUUUAUGUGUCAACUUGAUAGGACCAUAGAGUGCACAGAUAUUUGUUAAAAUAUUACUUAUGGGUGUGUUUGUAUUUGGACGAGUAUUUUGGAUGAAAUUAUCAUUUCAAACAGGAGACUUAUUAAAGCAAAUUGUUGUCACCAAAUAGGUGGAUUCUAUCUAAUCUGUUGAGUGUAUGAACAGAAUCAAAGAAAACUUUACAGAAGAUGGGAGCAUCUACCCUUGCUCUCUGUGUGUCUGACUGUAUUAGCUAGGUUCUUACUGUUUUGUCCCUCAAACUGGGACUUGCAUCUUUGGCACUCUCAGUUCUCUGCCUUUCGGACUUAGAACAGAAGUGCACCAUUGGCUUUUCUGGUUUUCCAGGUUGCAGACAGCAAAUGAUGGGAAUUCCCAGCUUCAAUAAAUACACAUUCAUUCUUUAUCUCUCUCAUUCUAAUACAAACUCUUACAUCACUGACCAUCUCAAAUAAAAAUAAACCCAUACCUUUGUUGGUCCACACUUUUUUCAGAUUAUAUCUAAUUAUUCUUAGUCUUUCAAUGGAGUGAAAAAAAUCUAUCUUUAAUGUCUAAUCACUGCAGAUGCUUACAAUGAAUUACAUUUACAAGCUAUGAAUAUUCUCAUUUUCCUGAUUGUGAUCAUGACUUUCUACAUGUGUGUUAAAACUUAUCAUUCUGUAGAUUUUGAAUAUGUGCAAUUUACAAAAUGUCAAUUAUGUCUCACUAAAAUCAUUUUUAAAAAAAGACAUAGAAGAAAUUAAGCAGUAUAAAAGUAUAAAAAUAAAUGUUCCCUAUGUUAUAAACACAUACAGCUGUUAGAAAGUUGAGGAACUGUAUUAAUUCAUUUUUCAUUGUUAUAAUGAAGUAUCUGGGGGACUCAACUACAGAGGAAUGAAGCCUCCAUGUUUCCUGCCCACCAACAACGUGUUGGCCAAGAAGGUUGCCAUGUCCGAGAAAAAGCAGCCAGUAACUGGGCUUCUUGAAUAGAAUGAUGAGUUCAAGGAAUUCACCACUGAAGACUGGGUUGGUUUAGAUGAAGAUGAAGAUGCACAUGUCAGGGAGGAUAACUGUGAUGAUGACAAUAUGGAGGAUGAGCUCUCCAAUCAGUUGUGAACUGAAUUGGAGAAACAUGGUUAUAAGAUGGAGACUUCAUAACCUUUAGAAGGUUGAAGUAACCUAAACUUGAACUGUUGACUAAACUCUAGAAUGGAGAUCCCAGAAUGGAAUAAUUAAAACAUGUCUAUUUCGUUA